UGAAGGAUAUUAAUAGCUAGUUUUAUUGGUGAAGAAAACUUGGGCCAACAUGGCAACUCCUCUUCACGCUACUCACAAAGUGCAGGAAUCCAUCCUACCUAAGUGGGCUGAUUUAUUUCGUAUAUAUGAACAGCUUGCCAUUGGUAAUGAAGCUGAAUUCCAGCAAUUGGCCAAGAGUCAUGAGAGGUUGAGGAAAGCCUUGGUUGGGAAGAGGGAUGAAGUGGAACGCCUGACGUCCGAAUUGGUGUUCCUGCAGGAUCAGAUGACCCAUCGAGAUCGUACUAUUUCACGGACCCAGUGUGCAUUGGAUCAGGUGACUCAGACUGCGGAGAAAUUCCAGGGUGGUUUUACUACUGCUGCGGCUCUCAUACGUGAUAUCGGGGCUGAGACUUACAAGGAAAAUGGAGUUUUUACUAUUCGAGACAUGGUCAACAAAUUCCUGGAUCAGUUUAAUCAUCUGAUCAAGGGUGAAGGUUCAUUUGGUGCUGAAUUAAGCCGAGCGAAGGGUCUUUCUAUCAUAGAUGAAGCUAAUUCUAGUGAAGGUACUCUGGAUAUAGAUGUGGAUGGACUUUCAACUGACGAUCUGUCUGGGAAUGCUAGCCGUUAUUCGCUUCGGUCUCGAAAGACUCGACUGGAGGAUGGAGGGAAGAGUGAGAGAGAGAAACGGGGCGAAGGGGAUGAUUACGAAGGAGACAGGCGUCGGAGUGGGAAGCGGCGUCGGAGUGCCUCCCAGCCGCCACCUGCUGCUGUGUCUGGAGGAGAUGUGGGGCCCACCCUCGUUGCCACCACGACUGUCACUGUCCAUAAUAGUGGACCUAUCCGUGCCUCUGCUGUCCUGGAGGCUAAUAAGGACAAGGAUGAUGAUCGUCAACCUCCACGCAAGAGUCGUUGCCCAGUCACACGUUCCAUGGAACGUUUGGAGAAAACUAGUUCAGAUGAGACAGAUAGUAUCCCAAGUCUUGACAUAAACAGAAAGCAGAUUUCCAUGAAGCUUGGACAGCGUCAAGCAAAGGGUAGGUUGAGCAAGCUCCUGGCUUCUGUUGGAUCUGACCCUGUAGUGGCACCUGCAUCUGCUCCUGCAACUCCACCUGAGAAAAUGCUUUCAUCCAAGAUUAACCAGUGCCCUAUGGUCCCUGGAUUGAUCAUCCACUGCGUACAAGAAAUUGAACGCCGAGGCCUCAAGGACGUUGGCCUGUACCGAAUUUCGGCACCUGAAAGUGCUGUUGUCAACCUCAAGGAGAAAUUCCUACAUGGGAAGGGUCUUCCAAACCUGCGAAAUGUAAAUGACACCCACGCCCUGGCAGGUACCAUCAAGGACUUUUUGCGUGGUCUCAAUGACACCUUGGUACCUAACAGUCAUUGGCAGGCAUUCAGCGAUGCAGGCAUGAAGUGCAUCGUUGAUAAGUCAGAUGAGCCCCUCCGAAAGGCCAUCAUGGAACUGGCUCAGCCCAAUAGGGACACCCUUGCUUACUUCCUCCUUCAUCUUCAGCGCAUCAUCAACAGCCCAUCCUGCAUGAUGUCAGCCGACAAUCUGUCCAAGAUUCUUGCUCCGACUGUGAUAGGCUGCUCACAGCCUCAUGCUUCAGCAGAGAUCAUGUAUCGUGAGCUUGGACAGUCUCAGAUGGUGUUGAAGUGCCUGUUGGAGAUGCCUGGUUCAUUUUGGGAGCAAUUUGCAUAUCCAGAAGAGAGUACUAGUGACAAUGAGCAUGAAUUUGCCAGUCUUCUUGGCCCCCUGACCACCAUGCCCAGUCCUGUUUCAACCAAUUCUCAUCUACCCUUGACCUUGAGCAAGUUCCAGUCACCUCUCUUAUAAACAGCCUUCCAGGACCUUGGCCAGUAGACAUGGAAUUUCCUGUCUGCUCUGUCAGCAAUCUAAAUGUAUUCAGGUGUCUCAUUUUUUCAAAAUUGUGCCAACCAUAAUAAUUUUUUUUUCCCUAUAUCUAUGGAUAGUUGUCACAAUGUUGUCUUCUUUCAGAUCUUUCCUUCCCCUAUUGCCUUCUUUUUUUAAAAUUAUAUAUCUACUCAUGCUGUAUUCCCUUUCCUUACUUGCAUUUUUGAGACCCUGCUUUUGUAAAUAUUUUUUUUCUCUCUCUCUCUCUCUCUGUAUGAAUCCCCACCUAGACUAUUUGAGAUUUUUCAUCAUUUUUGUUUUGGCUACAGCAGGGGAGAUGUUCUCGUGUAUCUAUUUGUGAAACUGUGGUGCAAAGGAUGUCUUUAUGUUCUUUUAAAUUUUGAUCAUUGACAUCGACUGAGAGCAAUAACAAUAAUCAGAACGAACAACAUUUUCUCCAAACAAGAAGGAGGAGAAUGAUUUCUAGCAGCUCCUUUUUCUAUAGCCAAUUUCUGUUUAAAUCUCUCCAAUUUUUGUAAAGUUGAUGCAAAAGAUGUCUACUAUGUUUUCAUUUUGAUAAGUAUGGGUAUUGAUAUUUGGGAACAUAUUGCCAAGGACA